CACAUGCUGUCUCUGCGUGCACAUGUCAGGAGAGCUUCUUCUCGCCCAGAAGGAAGGGAAUGGGAGAAGGAGAGGCGACCCACAGGGCUUUUGACGGUGUCGGCUGGGCUUGGGUUAUAAUGCAAGAUCUUUAAAACCACCUGAAGCUAUUCCCUCCAUCCUCUGGGCUGCAGGCACUCGGGGAGUCCUACACAGCUGCUUCUUAUGGAAAAGGAGGAGUCACCAGGCAGAAAAGGCAAAGAGAAAAGCUGCACAGUGAACGUCCAGAAGGGACUACUUGAUCAGCCACCAAGAUAACCACCAAAGCCUCUGGACUCCAGACUAUGCACGCCAACUUCACGUGCCAUUUUAUGAACUUCUGAUUUUUUAAAAAGCUGCAUUGGCUCUGAAUGGUUAUUAAUUUUCACAGAAUCAACUUCUUUAAGGGAUGGAUUCAGAACCUGGAACAUCCACGCAGCAGGUCAUAGAUGUAUUCUUCACUACAAUGAUAAGCCCAAAUAAUUUUUCCGAGGAUGACUAUUAUGGCUCUGAUCAUGAAUACACCUUCACUGAAGAGGUCUAUAAAAAAGAUUCAAUGCAUGACUUAAAGACUAUCGCUCGAAUUCUCACCGUUUCCAUAUACAGCAUCACUUGCCUCCUGGGCUUAGUGGGAAAUGGACUGGUCAUCGGAAUCAUCACGUUCAAGAUGAAGAAGUCAGUCAAUGCAAUCUGGUUCCUCAACUUGGCGGCGGCUGACUUCCUCUUCAACAUCUUCCUGCCGCUGACGAUCAGCUACACGGCCUUGGGCUUCCACUGGGUGUUUGGCAGAGGCAUGUGCAAAGUCAACUCCUUCCUCCUCAUUCUCAACAUGUACACCAGUGUGUUCUUGUUAACUACCAUCAGCAUUGACCGCUGCAUCUCGGUGGUUUUCCCAGUCUGGUCCCAAAACCACCGAAAUCCUAAAAGCGCCUGCUUGUUGUCUCCCCUGAUCUGGCUGCUUGGCUGUUUAAUGAGUUCCCCCUCCCUUGUUUUUCGGGACACCACACAACUCUACACAGGCAACACCAUUUGUUUUAACAAUUACUAUUUGCCCAACUCUCCAAACGAUCGCCCUUUACAUGACAUGAGACUGACAACAGUGAACGUCACCAGGUUCCUGGCUGGGUUCGUCAUGCCAAUGACAAUUAUCACAUCUUGUUAUGUUAUCAUUAUUUUCCGGCUAAGAAGGAACCGCCUUGCUAAGUCCAAAAGACCUUUAAGGAUAAUUGUUGCUAUUAUAAUGACUUUCUUCUUAUGCUGGUGCCCCUACCACGUCUUCAACCUGCUGGAAACGCAACACAGCUCGGCCUUAAGGCCCGCACUAGAGAUCGGCACCCCUAUUGUUACAGCGAUUGCUGUUGCUAACAGUUGCAUGAACCCCAUUCUUUAUGUUUUCAUGGGCCAGGAUUUCAAGAAGUUUAAGAUGACUGUGCUGUCCAGGCUGGCCAAUGCCCUGAGCGAGGACACCGUUCAUUCCUCUCUCCCCCGAAGGAGCUUCACGAAAGCAUCUUCCAUGACAGAAAAGGAGACAAUUUUACUCUGAGCUCUGGACGGUUUGCACAGAUUUGUUAAUCUAACUUCUGUUGGUCUUCCAUCAUCUUUUGCUCUGCCCAUGGAGACAAAGAAGAGGUUUACUUGGGAUUCAUAACAUUUUUUAACCAGGAUCCCUCUGGAUUUAUUGUUCUGUUAUUUUCCACUGGUUCCAGAAGGGACAUGGAUUUGUAUUAACAAAAUCUGUGUAUUUGCAAUCCGUUGUGACCACAAGAGGCGACGUAUUGAAUUAGUUAUUAUUAUGUAUCAUAUCUACAGGGCUUUUUUUCAGCUGGAACGUGGUGGAACGGAGUUCCGGAA